UGCAUAAAGGGAGUCUGCGUCCAGCCUGACAACUGCAAGUGUGAAGCUGGCUGGAUGGGUGAACGAUGCGAUGUAGCUUGCGAAUGGAUGAGAUUCGGCCCGAACUGCUCCAAGCCGUGCGAUUGCGACCCGGAAUUCGCCGGAAGGUGUGAUGCAGUAACAGGUUCAUGCAUCUGCAAACCAGGUGCCCAUGGCACAGGGCGGUGCGUGUGCGAGAAAGGAUGGACGGGGACGAACUGCGACCAGAUCUGUCCCGAUGGAACGUACGGAGAGGAAUGCAAGGGGAAUUGCCCCAGCUGCGUCCAUGGAAGGUGCCACCACACGACUGGAGAAUGCGUGUGCAACCCCGGCUACACGGGCAAAGUGUGCGAUGACGUCUGUUCCAAACAUCGCUUUGGAAACCGAUGCCAAGAGAUCUGCACCUGCAAGAACGACGGCGAAUGUCACCACAUCACCGUCGUUCAGGAGAAGUUCCACUUGUCUGAACGACAAAGGAAUUCACAGGAGAAUGCACUUGCUUGGAUGGCUGGAGAGGAGCGGAGUGCGAGGAGCCUUGCCCGGAAGGAACUUCCGGCUUCGAUUGUCGUCAGAAUUGCAGCUGCGGAGGGCGCUUGCCCCGAAGGAUUCUUUGGAGAGCAAUGCAAAAAUAUGUGCGAGUGCUCCGAGGGGAAUUUCCAGUGUCACCAUAUCGAUGGCUGCACGUGCAAGCCAGGAUUUCAAGGUGACAACUGCAAAGUCCCAACCCCUCAUUCCAAGCAACAGUCAGACAGAAGCUGGAUCAUCGGAGGAUUGAUAGGCGGCACGGUCCUCAUCAUUCUCUUCAUCCUCGGGCUCGCCGGCUUCUUGAUCCGCCUCAGGCGUAAAGCCCUCAUCCGAAGAAAGAUGUCUCGCCAAUCAUAUAUCCGCACUGCACCUCGACCUGAACAGUUCAAGAACCCGUUUGUUCCCCAUGCGAAGAACAUCAUUCGAGAAGGAAAAAGACUGACCUCUUGUACGCCGGUCACAUAUCUCAUGUGA